CAGAACCGGGGACGUCCCGCCCGCGGCGCCCGCUCCCGCCGCCACCUCCGCGCCCGCCGGCGCCGCGCCGCCGCCCUCUGACAGCGCCCGGUGCCGAUACCGGCAGGGCCUUUGCACUGAAGCCAAGUGAAGAACCUCAUAACUGUGCUACGUGCCCUGCAACUCAGCGAAGACUUUCAGCAAAGCACUCCUGCCCCGAGGAAGGACCUCCAGCACCGCUGAGCUCUGUGCCCUGCCCUAUCUGCCCAUCCCCACAUUGAGGCAGGUGCUCAGCAGCUGCUUUUCUCCUGUCCCACCUGACUGCUCCCCACCAUGUUCCAGCGUCUCACCAGCCUCUUCUUCAGUGACAGCAGCACACCAGAGGGCCUGGAGGAGCCCAAACCCUUUGUCUCGGAGGAGGAGGAGGAGGAUGGAUGGCUCAUAAUCGAGCUUGGAGGCGGUGCUGCCCACCCCGGUGCACAGCGGCGGGCAGGGGCUGGUGGCCACGGGUGCUCGGUGCGGCCCCGUCCGGCGCCACCACCUGCCUCGCCACCGGCCCCGGUCCCAGCUCACACCGGCAGCCCCACGCCCACCCUGCCCAGCCCCUGCUUGAUGGACGAGAGUUGGUUUGUCACCCCUCCCCCCUGUUUUACUGCAGAGGAGCCCGGCCCCGACGGCGUGGGCAGCAGCCCGAUGGAGGACCUGCUCAUCGAGCACCCCAGCAUGUCUGUCUAUGUCACCAGCACCCUCGAGCUGGAUGCAGAGGGACCUCAGGACGAUGCUGCUGGGGAGGUGCCGGAGCCCCGGCUGGAGCGGCACGCGCCGCACCGCAGCGCAUCGCUGUCAGUGAAGGCCGCCGUCCUGGAGAAGAUCAGCCAGGCACGGCGCGUGCAGCGAGCCAAGCAGCUGGCCGAGAAGCCGUGGCUCAGCCAGAAGGCGCUGCAGCGGCAGGACCGGGCCCGCCAGCGCCCGCCCCGCCGGGCCCGCCAGCGCACGGGGAGCUUCCUCCACCAGCCCUGCCAGCGCCACUGCAACUACUGACCUCGCCCCGGCAUCCGCCGGCGGGGCUCGGCCUCCCACCGCCGCCGGCCCCGGCGCCGCCGCCCCGCGCUCCCUCCGCUCCCCUCACCUCUCCGGGCCGCCGCUCGGCGUGGUGCGGACGGUGGAGCAGCGCGGCGCUCUGCGCUGAGCCCUGCCGGCCGCUACCCCGAAACAGCCCUUCCCUAAACCCGUGGAGAAUCCCGAUGGUUGCGUCCUGAGGAGCUGUGACAUCAGUGCCUUUCUUCACGACGUCGUACUCCUCCAGGUGAACAGACCGCGAUGUCACGAUGCCGAGCAGAAGUGGCGAAAGGGACAGAGGCGAGAUUUGGUGUUUGAGGGGAAAAAAGACGACGCUGUAACUGAUGAUGCUUCCUCCUCCCGUCCCUGCCGGCAGAGCAGAGCACAGGCGGAGCUGCUGUCGCUGCUGCCGGCAGCGCUGCUGGGCCCUCGGCGGCUCCAUCUAGGCAAAACCAGCAAUCCCUCUUCCUGCCCAAAAUUCUUCAUUGCGUUUUUACCACACUAAUAUGAAAACCCCACUGCCGUUUGCUUCAGAAAGCCAGGGGGGCUCCGCGUUCUGUGUUUUUAAAGACAACUUUACCAGAAAUCUCAGGAAACAAAGCACUGAGCCGGGAGCUGCUGGAGCCCUGCUGGGUGGUGGCGGCCAGGCGCUGGUGCGGCGCGGGAACGUCGGCAGAUCCCCGCAGCCUCCAUCUGCGUGCCCGAUGCCACCACGAGCAGCCACAGCUCCUGUGCUGUGCGAGCCAAGGAACAUCAGCUGCCCUGCGCCACCCCCAGCAGCAGAGCACAGAAGGGACCCGCGCAGACCCCCAGGUGGCAGAAGCAUGUUGGAGCUGGUGGCAAGAGAAUGUGAAGGAAAGGAUGGAAACCAGUGGUUGCAGCAUGAGGCCAGGCAGCAGGAGGGCUGCAGGCUGGAUCUGUGCCACAGAGGGAGCCCUGCCUGCCCCCGCCAACACUGUGUCGCUGAUGGCAGCCACCUCCAGGCCUGGGCGAUGCUUGUUGGUGCUGCUGCAAUCAGGCUCCUCCUGGCACCCAGUGCCGGCCCCUGGAACUUGCUGCCCUUCACCAUUGGGAACUCCUGGAAUGGUGGCGUAGGAGCUGCUUUUAGGCAAUCGUUGUAGGCCCAACCUCAGACUGCUGACUUUAUUUUUUUAAAUGAGAGAAAAACCCACCCCCAGACCCUCCUCCAGUGAGCGGCCUCCCAGGUCCCUGAGUGCGGACGUGGUUGGCACUGCUUGCCUGCAGGGCUUACCUUUAGCUCUGAUGACACCGUGAUCCCAAAAGCACAGGAAGAAUGGAAAUUUAUUUCAAAUGCUUUUAUUCUAAGCCACACAUUGGAGCCUUCCAGAUUCAAUUCUUCCAGGCCAGUUACUCGUUCCGGUCCUGCUGGGCACAGCGCUGGCUGCCAUGCUGCUGGGAGCCCAGUGCCGGGCAGUCCCAUUUCUAACAGGAACCCCCAUUUCAAACUCGCCUUUCUAAUUUCAGUAGCAGGCAGAGUAAAAGUUCUGAGGCAGAAAACAGGCAGUUCUGUUGUGCUGCUUUUCCAGCUGUUCUGGUACGCACAGAGCUGCAGAGCUUGUUCCCAGAGCAGAGCAGGAGCGAGCUGGGGGUCAGUGCCUCAUCCUGCCCACCCUGGGCACAGUCAAGAUGCGCAGUUUCAUUUCUGUACCGGAGACUGAUGGAUGGAUGAUUCCUUGAGAAGAAAGUUUACAUCCUUCGGCUUCCUUGGCUUCACGUGAAAUGCCUUUUUAUUUCUGAAGUGAUCCCUGGUACAAACUGGGAGCACUGCUCUCGUAGGAAUGUGGCCACAGGCGCUGCUGAGGAUGACGGCACUUUUCUCGGGCACUUCGGUGUGGUGAGGAGGGCUGGGUUUGAUACCUUGAGUCACAUCCCACGCUCCUGCUCUCUCCCAGAGCUCUGGAUAAUAUCCCCGUUGGCAAUGCCUUCAGAGGAAGAAUUUUUUCUCUAGCCCAAAUGCACAUCAAGAAGCUAACUGCCAGCAAUUCCUGCCUCCCAGCCAUCUCAACCUGCUGUAAGUUCUGCGCAUCUGAGCAGCCACCAGUCCCAAUGGCCCCUGCAAGGAGCUCCCAAAGCCAAGGCUGGGGGAUCCACCUCCACCCCUCUGCAGCUCAGAGGUGCAGAUGGGCACUGUGCAGCCCCUGGGCCGAAUGCUGCCUCAUGCACACUGUGUGUCUUGUGUCCACUCCGCUGCUUGCAAGCGUUGCCCCCUAGGAGACUCCUCACCAUGUCAACACUCUGCUUCCUGCUCCUCCUGGCACCAGGGCAUCCGCAGCCCCUGCAGAGCCCUCAGUGGUUCCCAUCAUCUGUUUCAAACGGCAAAUGCUGUUGCUCCGUCCUGUUUUGGGGAAGAGACUGCAGAAUGUUCUGUUUUCCUUUCAUCUUUCUGUGCCAGUCUGACACAUCUGUCAUCACGCUGCUCCCGACCAACACAGGAAAAAAAGUGGAACUACUAUCACACUUUUCAUCAAUAAUAUCUUUAUAAAAGGUUAAUAAAUUAUUAACAGUGUUCUAAUGAAGAGGUUAAUCCAGAGACGUAGCAUCCCAUGGGCGAGUGGAGUGCACUUACUAUGGUGAAUAGGCUCCUGUGGUUCCCCCCUCUGUUGUUUGCACACUUGCUCAUGUAUUAAUAUCUAUUAAUCACUGAUUAACCCCGUACACAGUGUGGAUUCACUUCUCGCACUUUGUGACCGACACUUCUGUUGCUGUGGCAGAGACACCUUUGAACUGCACUUUGCAGAAGACCUGUGCUGCUCCUGUCCUGUCCAACGGUGAUCACUACAGCCAGCCUGAUACCAAAUCUCCUGCCCCACUGUUCUAAGAUCAAGGAAAACCCUUCGCACUGAGGUGACGAGCCUCCUUGAAUCUUAAAACAAAUGAAAGGUGCUUAAAAACUGAGAACUUUUUGGUGUGCACAGGUGUGCACGUGUAAAUAUUUUCAAACCCGGUGUGGAUGUUCAGUAGGUUGUUUUGGGGUUUUGAGUUUUUAGUUUUUUGCAUCCGGUCUUUUUGAUUUGUCAGUAGCUGUGUGGUGCUCCUGGCGGGAGGGGAGCACAGAGCAGAGAGAGCUGUGGCCGCGUCCUGCUUGGGCAGUGGGGCGAGUUCUUGGCUUUGUUUUGUUGUGCAGGGGGAAGCUGCAGCGUGGGCUCAGGGACAAAUGAGUUGGCUGGGGCCCAUCAUGGGGUGCUUUUCUGGACACCUCCAUUCAGACGUGGGUUCCGUUGCUGCCCAUGAGGCCGUGGUUACUCACCUGUGCAGAGCUGUAGGGCUGUGUGCACUGUGUCCCCUGGGCAGCGUGGAGUGGGGAUGUGUGGGCAUGGGCAUGAGAGCAGUAGCUGCAUCCUUGUGCUGUGUUAUCUCCGAUUCCCUUGUGUUUAUCCCCAGAUCCACGUCGUACUGCUAGAAUGGAGCAGGCCAGUUCUGCUGUAAAUAACCCAGCGCAGACUGACGCCUUGAGAAAGCCCCAGGAUUUGGGCAGCCAGAUGGCACCGUCUGCUUCUGUGCAGCAGUGUGAGGCACUGGGGUCAGAGAGCAAUGCUGGAGCAGGCAGGCAAGGAUUGCUUUUGCCACUCUGGCAGCUCAGCGCAGCCACGUCCUGCUGUCCAGUUCUGGCUCUGGCACUGGGAGCCGCAAAGUGGGGCAGAGGGCUCUGAAAAACGCAGCCACAAAUGUGCUUUCCAAAACAAGUGCUGUGAAGGCUCGCUGUAGGGAGGAAAUGGUUCUUUCCACAAGAGUCAGCUUUUCUAUAAUGGAGAAGGCUUCAUGCAUAGCUCAUCCCAAAGAUCACCUCCACAGGAGUAUUCACUGUACCUCCAGGCACGUUGCUAAUGAAUAGGUAAUUCUAUGUUUACAUCUUCUCUAUUCAGCCCCACCGGGCAGGAAGACGCACAGUCCUGUUCUGCUCAGAGCGAGAAAAUGCAGAAAUAACACUGCACUGAGGCUUGAGACACUAAUGGCACAGCUUCGUGAUUGCUCCCACAGAGGCUCAGCAUCAAUUCCAGUGCCUGGCAGCACCCAGGCCUCCCCUGAAUUCCCACGGUUAGAGCAGGCCUGCAGAGGUGUGCCUUGAUUUCACUUUGAUUCCAGCUGCCAGUGGUUCAAAGUCGUGAAUAUUACCCCAUGUAAUCCAGGGCUCAGUCCUUGUUAUGUUAAUGUGACCACAGCGUCUUCCGGCCUCAGGCCACGUUGUCCACGCACCAGGAGGGCCUUUGUGCUUCUUAGAAGAGGUCCGUCUUUAUUGAAAACUACAACUCUUUCUUUAUGACGUGAGGCAGAACAAACCGUGCAGCUCUGUGGAAGAGCGAAGCUGUGCCGUGCUGUAUUUCUUCCGUUCUGCCCUGCAGGCAGACGAGGUGUGGGGUAGGGUUAGGGUUAGGGUUAGGGUUAGUGCACUGCACUGGGGGUGUUGCUUUUCCAGCUCAGUCACCAAAAUGCUGUUAAAGGGAGUCUGCCACACACCCUGUGCCUGUCAGCGUGUGAGCUCACAGUGUGCAGACCUGACAGGAGCUUUGGCUCCACUGCAGCUGACAGCACAGCUCCUGCCGCUGCUUUGCAUUGUCUGUGCAGCGGGGCUGGGGGGGGCUAGAAUAUUUUAUUCCCUUCAAACGGAGGGGGAAAGAAACCAGCACUGUAAAUUCCUGCUUGUAGCUUAAAACCAGGCUGUGCAGCCAUGGGGAGCCCCACGCUCCUCCACUCCUUCACCUUCCCCACUCACACUUAUUGGAAGCUGGUCGCAGGCGUGCCCAGGUCUUGCUAAAUCUUUUCUUUAGCUCUGUUUCAUCACAGUUACACUUUGGGAAAGCGGGGGGUGGGAAAGUGCAAGGCGUAACAAUAAAAUAGUAAUAGUCGUUUUUUUUUCUUGUAUCAUAAAUAUACCCGUACGGAGCAAUGGAGCAUUGCAACAUUUUAUUUAUAUGUAUCAGCCCUACGACUAGGUAUUCUGCUUGUAAAACUCACCUACACUUACUUAUUGUACAUCUCUGUGCUGUAUGACUGUGUAUGUGCCUUUCACCCUUUUUUCAUGGUCUGUCAUUUUUUUCUUAAACAACUGCAGAACUUGAAUAAAUUAGCGAACCGCAGUUAAAAGUCCUAUGCAAGGGAUGACUGGGAAUUACAUUUUCAAUGCUGCUGCGUUUCCACGUUGCUUUAAAAAGCAGGCACUGGGAUCCGCAGAGAGCCUCACAGGAAGAACGCCCCCGAAGCCCCCUUUCAGCUGCUAAAUCCGCCGGGCAGCUUUGAGGCGCUCAGCCCCCAGCACGGCUCCGCACCGCUCCGUGCGUGAGGCCGGGCGCUGCCCCAGGACAGCGCUCCACGUCCGGCUCUGCCCUCCACGUGCUCUCCUGGAGAGAAAGCGCUGCCAGGGCUGAGCAGGAUGCCUUACACCUUCGCUCGGAUGCUGAGCGGGUUGGGGCGCGGCGGAGCCCCGCUGUGCAGCAGUGCCCACCGUCACGUCCUGCCGCAGGGGACCCGGCGCUGCCCAAUGCCUUACACCGGUGGGACGACACUGACACCGCGAUUUGGGAGAGGAGGAAAAAAGCCCCACAUUUUCUACAUCACCGAUGCUGUAGGACCGAACGCUCGUUCAAAACGCUAAGGGAAAUCGUCCUCUGUGUGUGUUGAUGUGUUAAAUCGAUGUAAGCGAGGUUAGUAGGGGAAGGGUGUCUAAUGCUUGUAGGACUUUGUUUAAUGUUUGCCGCGUGUCAACAGACUGAGGGACACGGCUGCCUGGAACACGUUACGUAGUGAGCCUGUGCGUGUGUAACCUGGGUUCGGUUGUUAGAUUGUAAUGCCGUCUUUUGACUGAAAAAAAAUCUAAUAUAAAGAAAAAACACAAGAAAUAAAAAAAUAUAUAUUUAAAAUCUA